AUGGCCGAUACGCACGUCCUGCGACCAAGUAGCCUGGCCCACGUUGUUUUCCGCACCGCGGACAUCAAGCCCAUGGUGGAAUUCUGGAUCACGUUCCUUGGAGCAGAGAGAGUCUUUGAAGAUGAUUUUAUUGCAUUUCUACGCUACGACGAAGAGCAUCACCGGGUUGCCAUUAUCAACGAACAAGGCACUCUUCCCAAAGGCCAAGCUACAGCCGGUCUGCAUCAUGUGGCAUUCAGCUAUUCCUCGCUGAGGGGAUUACUCCAAGCCUGGAAGAAGAGGGAGUCUUUGGGAAUUAAGCCGACCUGGUGCAUCAACCACGGUCCCACAACUAGCAUCUACUACAAAGAUCCGGAUGGCAACGGAAUCGAAACCCAGGUUGAUAACUACGACACGGUCGAAGAGGCGAAUGAGUUUAUGACAGGAAAAUAUUUUCGAGAAAACCCCAUCGGCACUGAUUUUGACCCGAUUGAUCUGCUUGCUCGUUUGGACAAUGGGGAGGAUGAGAGAGCCCUGAAGAUUCGGCCGGAGAUUGGGGCGCGAACUGGGGUCCCUGCGGGCGUUUAA